UAUUACAGCGAGCUCCACGCGUCUCCACCGCCACACUGAUCCACGGGGUGCUGGGCGGAGGGCGCUCCGGUGUGAGUGGACGUCACACAGGCUUCCUGUUUACUUUAACGCUCCUGAGAAACGAGAGAGGGGUAACAAACCUCGUCGCGACGGGACGCGUUGUUUCUUUUCUGCUUGUUCUUUGCGCACCUGGCUGUCCGAGCGCGCACGCUGCACGCGGAGCCGAUCAUCCGAACAGGAGCCCUCCUCACUUCCACACCUGCCGAUACUUGCCCUGUUUAACCUGCAGCCGCACGCCUCCGGGGGACAUGUGGAGAGGCUUUCUGACCUCCGCUGCAUCCCGGCUGUUCCUCCCGAGUGUCUGGCUGGAAGGGUAGCCUCCGUGUCCCGAGGAGGAUGCCGAACAGAUACUGGAUCUGCGUGUGUGCAUAAAGAAGUAUCCAGGUGCAAAUCUCCACCUCUGGCAGUCAUGAGGAAUAGAGGGCUGAAGACGCAGUCCUGAAGAUUGAUGGAGGGCCAUGCUAUUCAAACAGCAGGCAUUGCUGAGACAGAAGCUCUUCGUUCUGGGCAGCCUCGCUAUCGGAAGUGUCCUCUAUCUCGUGGCCAGGGUUGGGACCUUGGAUAGGCUACAGCCCAUUUGCCCCAUUGAGAGCAGACUGCCCCCUCCUGAGCCAGAGCAAAUUCCUCUCCGCACCCUGCAGUUUAAGCGUGGUCUGCUCCAUGAACUACGCAAGGGCAAUGCUACCAAAGAGCAAAUCCGCCUGCACAACCUGGUCCAGCAGCUGCCUCGAGCCAUCAUCAUCGGGGUGCGUAAGGGGGGCACCCGCGCCCUGCUGGAGAUGCUCAACCUGCAUCCAGCAGUGGUCAAGGCCUCGCAAGAGAUUCACUUCUUUGACAAUGACCAAAACUACGCCCGGGGCAUCGACUGGUACAGAGAGAAAAUGCCCUUCUCCUUCCCUCAUCAGAUCACCAUUGAGAAAAGCCCCGCCUACUUCAUCACAGAGGAGGUCCCUGAACGCAUCUUCAAGAUGAACUCCUCCAUCAAGCUCCUGAUCAUCGUUCGCGAGCCCACCACCAGAGCUGUGUCUGACUACACGCAAGUUCUGGAGGGCAAGGAGCGGAAAAACAAGACCUACCACAAGUUCGAGAAACUGGCCAUCGACCCCAGCACCUGCGAGGUGAACACAAAGUACAAAGCAGUGCGGACCAGCAUCUACACCAAACACUUGGAGCGCUGGCUGAAGUACUUUCCCGUGGAGCAGUUCCACAUCGUGGACGGAGACCGCCUCAUCAUGGACCCGCUGCCGGAGCUGCAGCUUGUCGAGCGCUUCCUCAACCUCCCCUCGAGAAUCAGCCAGUAUAACCUGUACUUCAAUGCCACCAGGGGAUUUUACUGUCUGCGAUUUAACAUUGUCUUCAACAAGUGCCUGGCAGGCAGCAAGGGUCGCAUCCAUCCAGAGGUGGACCCGUCCGUGGUGACUAAACUGCAGAAGUUCUUUCACCCCUUCAAUCAGAAGUUUUACCAAAUCACUGGUAGGACAUUCAACUGGCCAUGAUGAGCUUUGGACUCCUCCAGUGAGAUUCCUUGGGUUGGUGUUUUUUUUUUAAAUGCCAAGCUGUAAGAUCUCAAAAAAAAUAUUAAUAGCACUUUGAUUGAGUUUAAUACAAGAAUGACAGUGUGACCAAAUAUAAAAGGAACCUGAUGUAAGUUUGUUUUUACGUGUGUGAAAAUAAAACUAAAUAGUUUGAUGGUUUGACUAAAAGAUUAAGUUAAAAGCACUUGAUCUUGCAAAUGACUUCACCUGUCUGUCACUGUUCCCCGUAAAGAGAAAAAAACCCACUACUGAACUGUGUGAUUAACUGAAGAGAUUAUUUUUGUUGCUCUUUAAAAGACUAUCAAACACUGACAUUCAUGCUGUUAAGAUAAGCUUUAAGUGUGAUGCUUUUCUCAUCAUUGAAACACCUUAAAAGAUGACAAAAUGACAUUUGAUAAACAACAUAAUUGCUCAUCUGUCCCCUCUCAUGUUGUUUAUUUGAUCAAAACUGCAUGUGCAAUCAAGAUGCCAUUAUAACAUCGGAGACCCUUGUAUUAGCCGUCUUCCGUUGUUUGUUCAUAUUGGUUUUCACCACGUUUUAUUUUUAAUUCAUGCUGUGAUUAAGCCAUUAGAAGGUGACCUCCUUUAAUUCCCAACACAGUACCCAGUCAGAACGGCUUAUCACAACAGGAUCUAGUGUUUCAAGCUUGACUCAAACCAUCUCCGAACCCCUCAAAGCAUUUAAGACUCAAGCUUGUGUUUUUAAUGUGAGUAUGAUGGUUCCUCCCCCCUAUAGCUUUUCAUUGGUUUGCAAAACACCUGGCAAAAAAAGCCAUAGUGGGAAAAAAAGAUGUUGUCCUUUGAUGAUUGUUGUCAAACCAACUGUUUAUUCUAUGAUGAUUAGCAAAAUUUGUCUGUUUCUGUGCAAAUAUUCAUUCUGUAUCAUAGGUGUGUUGUUA